CAGCCUCCUUGGUGGAUUGAUUUGAAUACGGCAAACGUAGAGAGGUUCAGCCAGGCGACUGUAGGAAGCAUUAUAGCGACCCAUCAUCAAGGACAAACACCAAACCUCACACAGAAUUACGACUCCCACAAAACAUGAAGGUGGCAUUGUUUCUGCCAGUGACAAUAGUCGUUACUGUCGCUUUGGUGGGGAUCAUGAAAAUCCGGAAAAAGGAGCACGACAAAGAAGAUAAACGGAACAAAUUUCAGGAUAUCAAGUUGCGGGUGACUUUCGAUGUACUGGGAGAGUAUCGGAGCGAGCAGGAACUUCUGGAGAACUUGCUAGGCAAGACCCAAGAAGAGCAAAGUGCGCUGGAGCAAGAAGUGAACAGGCUCUGGACCAAAGUAGAUGCGGCAAAGGCUCAAGUGGACAUCUGCCUGGGAGGCAAGAAAUCUGCAAAUGACGCACUGGCUGCAGCAGAGACCAAAUUCAGUAAUCUCCAAGCUGAACAUGGGAAGGAAAAGACCAACUGGGAAACAGAAGUGUCAGCACUUAAACAGCAACUAACAACCCGGAGCUCAGUGUGUAACUUUUUGAAAACAGGAUCCUCAUCAGCAAGCAAGUUGUGUGGCGAUGAAUUGAUCAAGGCCCAAGAGGAACCAAAGGCAGAGGCCCCCAAACAAGAGAAACCAAAGGCAGAGGCCCCCAAACAAGAGGAACCAAAGGCAGAGGCCCCCAAACAAGAGGAACCAAAGGCAGAGGCCCCCAAACAAGAGGAACCAAAGGCAGAGGCCCCUAAACAAGAGGAGCCAAAGGCAGAGGCCCCCAAACAAGAGGAACCAAAGGCAGAGGCCCCCAAACAAGAGGAACCAAAGGCAGAGGCCCCUAAACAAGAGGAGCCAAAAGCAGAGGCCCCGAAACAAGAGGAACCAAAGGCAGAGGCCCCGAAACAAGAGGAACCAAAGGCAGAGGCCCCUAAACAAGAGGAGCCAAAAGCAGAGGCCCCGAAACAAGAGGAGCCAAAGGCAGAGGCCCCGAAACAAGAGGAGCCUAAAGCAGAAGCCCCUAAGAAGAGAUGAGGUAUUACAACCUGUGUUAUCCGCUCCACAACACUUCAUCUAUUUAAAGAACACAGUUUUUGAUACUUUGCAACCAGGUUCCAGCUUAACUGCCUUUAUGUCACAUGUGGUGCAGGUAGGAACCUGAAGGAGGACUACUUAGAUUUUUCCGUUGCUAAGUGGGAUGUUAAUGAAUUUUCAAUCUGUUAUUUAUUUGAAUGCAAAUACUUUGUGCUGGCAAGAUUCCCUCACAUUUGUUUUAACUGAGAGGUAGAGGAGUGAUGUGAAUGGACUUGCUGGAGGUCAUGCUGUAGAUUCAUGUUAAAUUUAUAGCUUCUCUGCUUCAUGUUGUAUGUCGCUUGAUUUCUCACUCUGCAGCAACAAUGUUUGUCUGCCAUUAUUCCGUUUGGAUUAAUGGCACAAAGAAAAUAAAUACAAUAAAAACUGUGGAAAAAAUGUGGUUUCAAAAUGGAAGGGUUUUAUGUUUACAGUAUCUUGUAAAUAAUGUACAUCACACAUCAUCCUCACCCAAAUGCACUCAAGGUAUCAAAAUUAUGCAGAAUGGCCCUUUCCAAUGUAUUGUGUUAUCAAAGUACUAUAACAUUAAUGUGCAACCAGGAUUUUAAUGUUGUCCUUGGAGAUGUAUAUACUAUUGUGUAGUUAAAUCUAUAAAAACUCUGCAAAUUAACUAGUAAGUAUUGCUGCCAAAUACAAAUAAUUGAGAAAAAAUUACAAUAUUUCCCUCUGAUGUAGUGGAGUUGUAUGAAUUAUCAUGCAAAUAAAGUAAAGUUCAAAUAGAAUUGUAUUUUAGUACAGUACUUGAGUAUGUAUACUGACUUAUGUUGAAGAAAUAUUAAACAAAUCUUUCUGA